ACUCCAGCAACUUGAGCAUGUGCCAUUACAACCUACAAAAUAAACGUUUGUUGCGUUUCUUGCUCGCGUGGUUUAUAAUUACAGUAAUAGACAUAAGAUAUAUAUUUAUUACAAAGGACUGAAAUUAAUAUUUGUGAAUUUUUGUGAAAAAUGGGCAAACCAAGUUAUGGACAAAGAAACGGUAAAUCUUGGAUAUAUCGACAAAAGAUAAAAUCAGGAAAGAUUAACAAAACGAGCAAUACAAACAAUGCAGAUGAAAAUGGUCAGAAUUCUCGAAUAAUUGCGAGAAAUUUAUCAUUUAAGGUAACCGAAAAGGAUGUAAAAAGGUUUUUUGAGCCAUUUGGUGAAAUUACAGAAAUAAAUCUUUUAAAGCGCCCGGACGGAAGCUUGGUUGGAUGUGGUUUUAUACGAUUUAAACAUGUAGAAGAUGCUUCAAAAGCAAUAUUUAAUACCAAUAAAAAGGAAUUUCUUGGAAGAACUAUAAGUUGUAAUUGGGCUAUAUCAAAAUCCAAAUUUUGUGAGAAACUUGAGCAAGGCCUUAAUAAAAAUCAAGAAAUUGAUAAAAAUGAGAAGCAAACUCAAGAUGUUGAGGAAAAGAACAAUGAAGCUAACAAUACAUCUAAGAAGAAAUUGACAAAAGAGAAGGAUAAUUUGAACAAGCAGAAACAGAGAAAGCUUCAAAAGAUGAAAAAACAGAAAAAACGAGCCAGAAUUGUAAUACGAAAUUUAUCUUUCGAGGCUACAGAGGACAAUUUAAAGGAAUAUUUUUCUCAAUACGGUGAAAUAAGUGAAAUAAAAAUUUUAAACAAAUCUGAUGGCAAAACUGGUCAAUUAAAACAAAUUGGAGUUGCGUUUGUACAAUUUAAUCUUGUGCAAAGUGCUGCUAAAGCUAUACAUUAUGCAAACAUGCAAUCUCUUUUGAAUAGACCUAUGAUAGUUGAUUGGGCUGUUCCUAAGAAUAAAUUUUCUCUAAACGAUAUUGAUGUAAAACCUGAAAUCAAGAAUGAAAUUAUUGACAAAGAUGAAGUACAUGAUACUUCAGAAGUUAAAAUAAUUGAUAACAGUGAGAAUGAGGAUAACAAAUCAGAUAGCAAAGAUGUUACCAUGGAAGAAGAUAUAAAAGAGGAGAUUGAAUGUGAGGAAGAAGAAACAGAAAUUAAAUAUGAUACAGAAAGUGUUGAAGAUAAUGAAGAUGAAAAUGAUAGUGACAGUAACGAUAAUGAUGAUGAUGAUGAUGAUGAUGAUGAUGAUGAUGAUGAUGAUGAUAUCAAUAUUACUAUUGAUCAAUCUGAUGUUAAAACAGAGGAGGAAAAUGAAAAGGAGGAUUCCGAUGCAAAACAUCCGCGACGAGUAUCUAAUGACGUUAAUGAAGGAAGAACAGUUUUCCUAAAAAAUGUACCAUUUUCUGUUAAGAAUGAUGAACUUAAAAGUUUUAUGGAGCAAUUUGGACCCAUUUAUUAUGCUCUUGUAUGCAUUGAUUCUUUGACCGAAUACUCCAAAGGCACUGCAUUUGUUAAAUUUAGGAACAUUGAAGAUGCUGAAAAGUGUUUGUCGGCUGGAACUGAGUUACGUUUACGUGAUCAAAUAAUGGAGGCGCAUAGAGCACUGCACAAGAACGAAAUAGGAACAAAAAAAAGCUUGAAAGAACAAAGAAUUAAGGAUUCCAGAAAUUUGUAUCUUAUCAAAGAAGGAGUUGUGUUAGUUGGAAGUCCAGCUGCAGUGGAAGUAUCAGUAUCCGAUAUGCAAAAACGUUUGAAGUUAGAUCGAUGGAAAUCGCAGAUAUUGCGUAACUUGAACAUGUUUGUAUCGAGAGUGCGACUCGUUGUUUACAAUUUGCCACCCAAUCUUGACAAUGCACAACUUAGACAAUUGUGUAAAAAUUAUAGUGGACCUAAAGCUAUUAUUACGGAGGCGCGAGUUAUGUGUGAUUUGAAAAAUGUUGAUGCAACUGGAAAAGGGAAAUCAAAAGAAUAUGGUUUUGUUACAUUUACCUCUCAUGACGAUGCACUUAAAGCUUUGAGGAGUUUAAAUAACAACCCAAAUAUAUUUUCCAAACACAGAAGACCUAUAGUUGGGUUUUCGAUAGAAAAUCGCAUUUUGGUAAACGCGAAGGAAAGAAGAAUUCAGAAAAGUCGCAAUCGCAAUCCUUUGUGGCCUGCAAAUCAAAAUAAGAGAAAAAGCAAAGAUGCUGAAGAAGAAAUACCAGCUAAACGAAUUAAAAAUCGCAUUUUAGUAAACGCGAAGGAAAGAAGAAUUCAGAAAAGUCGCGAUCGCAAUCCUUUGUGGCCUGCAAAUCAAAAUAAGAGAAAAAGCAAAGAUGCUGAAGAAGAAAGACCAGCUAAACGAAUUAAAGCCAGAAAAGCACUGAAGCAAGUAAAAAAGUUUAACAGAGACAGAAACGAUGACUUUAAUGUACUUGUAAAUAAUUAUAGAAACAAAUUGAAAGAUAUUGAUCUUAAAAAAUCGAAAUGGUAUGAAUCUUAAUGGAUUUGGAAAGAACAAUAUGUAUUUAACUAUACAUAAUUAUCACUAUUUAAUGUAAGUAUUGUUCUAUUUCAAUUAAUAGAAUUGAAAGAAUUCAACAAUUAAAA